AUGAAGAACCUUCUCAGCGCAUCCACUCUUCUCCUCUGCCUCUCGGGCUUGACUGCUGCCAAGAAGAAUGACCUCUUCCAGCCCCUUCAGCAGCUCGCGUCCAAGGGUAGCUCAAAUGCUACUCUUGACGCUCGCUCCCUUGUGAAGCGCGCUUGCGCCUUUGGCGAGGUGAUCUGCGACGUCAACUACUGCGUCGACACCUCCGAUGUGUGCUGCGGUGACGGCAACGGCGCAUACUGCUACGAGGGCCAGAAGUGCUGUUCCAACAGCGACUACUGCGCUCCUGACGAUGGCGUGUGCUGCGGAAGCCUCGGUUCAUGUCCCAAUGGGUACGAGUGCGCGACUGUUGACGGCGAACCGGGCUGCUGCCCCGAGUCUGGCUGCUCCUCAUUCGGCCUUGACGACGACGAUGACCUUGUCGAUCUCGACGACGACAUCGACGACACCGAUGUCACCGUCUACACCCAGGUCAUCUACUGGUAUGUCUACGUAUACUGGUACAUCGAGAUCUGGUACUACAUCGAGGUCGACGUCGAAACCAGCACGCUCUCCCUGACUUCGUCCGAGGAGCGCACCUCAUCCACCGCCACCGUCACCGCGUCAAACUCCCGUGCUGCCAGCUCCGAGUUUGCGAGCAUUAGCGAAAGCGUCACCGAGGCUGCCACGACCACCCCUGACCUCGACUCUAUCCCCACGAGCACGACCACCACCGACUCCACCAGCGGCGGCGCAAGCACCCCCACCGCCACGGGCACCUCUGGCGCCGACGACGACAACUCUGACAACUCGGAUAACACUAUCAACAUUGAAGACUUGCUGUCCUCUGGUGAACCCACCCCGAGUCCGACUGACGACGCUGCGUCCACUCUGGGCUCUAGCGAGGCGCUGUGGUACACCGGCAUCUUCAAUGCCUUCCUUGGACUGUUUGUCCUUCUCUAG